AUGUCGAGACCGGCUGGGAUCAUCUUGAGCCUUUUCUGCCUGCUGGCGCUUUUUGCCUCGCUUUCCAACGGCAUCGAUUGUUACAACUAUAGGGGACAAAAAGCGACCGAUCAGCAACAAUGCAGCGGAUCCGAUGCGUGUUGCGGAUCAAGUGACACAUGCCUACCGAACCGACUCUGUUCUAGUGCUAAAAACGCCCCAAACAUAUUGAUUCGCGGACCUUGUCUGAAGAACCCUUGGUCCAGCAAUUGCGCAGAGAUCUGUGUUUUUGAGGAAACGGCCUCAAACACGGGCUUGCAGAAUGGCGUUUAUCCAAGGGUAGAAAUUUGCGAUGAGAGCAUAGGCAAAUAUUGCUGCCGAGAUGGCGAAACCGGGUGUUGCGACAACGCCUCGCGCAUUACCUACCUCGAUGACAAUGGCAACCGGGUCUCCGCCCCUCCGACCUCGACCACUUCGAGCAGUACAGCGACGGCGACAACUACAUCAGCAACCAGCGCAGAGACGACGUCCAAUAGCCCAACCUCAACCACCAGCCCUGCCAACGGCUCAAACUCCAGCGACGGCGAAUCUCUCGCACUCAAAGUCGGACUCGGAGUCGGCAUCCCGCUCGCUGCCAUCGUAGCAGCCGUGGCAACCUGGAUUUUCCUCCGUGCAAAGAGACGCAAUAAGCGCGAGGUUCCGGGAUCGGUCGCCCCCGUCACAAAUUUCUAUCACGAUGCGCAAGAGGAUUAUGCCGCCAAGAACAGCACGUAUCAAUACGGGCAAGAUGCAGAUUUCCGGAACCGGGGUCAGGACAGGAGGUACGAGAUGCACGAGAUGGCAUCGGCUGAUGAUAGCCCACAAGAACUCAUGGGAUCGGAGGUGCGGGAGAUGCGAUAA